UUGAAAACGUGCGGCGCUCGUCUCUUGCCUCGUUAUUAUUUCACAGCUAUACUAAUGUGAUAAAGUCGAGUAUAGGACAUAGUGUGGGUGGUGUAAGCUUCGCAUCUUAACUUUUAUUUCCGAGUUGUCUCGGAGGUGUCGUGGCAGAAUGAAAGCUUUGCAAACAGCAAAUGUUAUCAACAGAGCCCUUUUUUGUCCCUUUGCGCCGUUGUCGUCAGCUCCGCUGCUGAGAUGGAGAGGGCCACACAACAGGCACUGCUCCUCAGGAAGCUCCAUGCUGCAACACCUGACUUCCAAAAUAAAAGCCACCGGACCCAUUUCAGUAGCAGAAUACAUGAGAGAGGUGCUCACCAACCCUGUGACGGGUUACUAUAUACGCAAUGACAUGCUGGGUCCUGAAGGAGACUUCAUCACCUCGCCAGAAAUAAGUCAGCUCUUUGGAGAGCUGGUCGGUAUCUGGUGUGUGAGCGAGUGGAUGGGAGCAGGAAGUCCUGCCCACUUACAGCUGGUGGAGUUUGGACCUGGAAGAGGCUCGCUGGCCAAUGACAUCCUCAGAGUAUUGAGCCAGCUGCAGUCGGUUCUGAGUAAGGUGUCGGUAUCGGUCCACCUGGUGGAGGUGAGUCCCGCACUGAGCCAGGUCCAGGCCCAGUGUCUGACUGGCGACAGGAACCAGGUGGCGGCCAGAGACGACGCGUCCGUCUACCGCCGUGGUACCAGCACCACGGGCCUCCCCAUCUCCUGGUACCGCCGUCUGGAGGACAUCCCCAGAGGUUUCAGCAUCUUUCUUGCUCAUGAGUUUUUCGAUGCCUUACCCAUCCAUAAAUUCCAGAGAACAGAGAAGGGCUGGAGGGAAGUGAUGGUUGACAUCGAUCCAGAGAAACCGGGCCAGCUGAGGUUUGUCAUCAUGCCCUCUCCUACGAUGGCCUCCGCCACACUCAUACAGGUGAGUCCUGGUUCACUGUGA